UAGCUUGCUCCUCCGGUGGUGUUUUGGUCAAGUUGGCUCUGCUCCUCACUCGCCAAAAUGACAGCGAGGAAGUCUGGUUCACGACUGGAGAUAGAGAUAGAGCGAUGCCGCUCGGAGGCCCAGUGGGACAAGAUUCCAGAGUUGGUGCGACAGCUCUCGGCUAAGCUGAUAUCAAACGAUGACCUGGGCGAGCUGCUGUUGGGUGAAUGCAAGCUGCAGACGUACCUGAAGGAGAAUCCCAUCAAGCAAGGUACGAGUCCCAGGGUCCAACGGCCAAAACUGCUGGAGGUCAGGAAGCAUCUCACUGCUGCUCUGGACAGAGGAAACCUGAAGCCGGAUUACAUCCAGGAAGCUAGCCUGUUAAUGGCCAAACUGUGCUAUGUGGAGGGAGAAUACAAAGAUGCUUUAGGGCACUACAGCAAGGUGAACCUGGACGACAUGCAGCUGGCUGGAGCUCCUGUGUACAGGCUGUCUAUGAUAGCAGAGUCUUAUGCGACUAAAGGUUUGUGCCUAGAGAAAGUCCCAGCUGCUUCACCGUCUCUAUCCAAUAAGAACACCGGGUCUCCGGCGUCCAACAGGAGCAUGACCGAGCGGGAGCAGGAGAUCAUCACCUGCUACGAAAAGUCUGGAGACAUUGCUUUGCUCUAUCUGCAGGAGGCCGAGAAGGCGUUGUCAGCAGGGAUUCAGAACCGCAGUCCAAAGCCUGGCCCGACAGCUCAGGACCAGGAGCUGGGCUACUUCCUAGAGACGGGCCUUCAGAGAGCCCAUGUCAUCCACUUCAAGAAUGGCAACCUGACACAAGGUGUGGGCAGGUUUCGAGAGAUUCUUCGGGCUAUUGAGACCAGAACCACCCAGAACCUACGAAUGACCAUAGCCAGACAGCUUGCAGAGAUCUUGCUCAGAGGAAUGUGCGAACAGAGUUACUGGUCUCCUCUUGAAGACCCACCCGUCGUGUCGCCCCUGGACGAUCCGACACGCCAAGGACACACUCAUAGCAAGAGCUACAGCCUAAGCCGACGCCCACGAGUGUACUCGGGAGAGAAUCUGUUUUGCCCUCAGGAGAACACAGAAGAAGCAUUGCUGCUGCUGCUCAUCAGCGAAUCCAUGGCCAACCGUGAUGCCGUCCUAAGCAGAAUUCCUGAACACAACAACGAUCGGAUCAUCAGUUUGCAGUCGGCCUCGGUGGUGUAUGACCUGCUGACCAUAGCUUUGGGCAGGAGAGGGCAGUAUGAGAUGUUGUCAGAGUGUUUGGAGAGAGCCAUGAAGUUCGCCUUUGAGGAGUUCCACUUGUGGUAUCAGCUCGCCUUGUCGCUGAUGGCAGCAGGCAAAUCAGCUCGUGCCGUUAAGGUUCUCAAGGAGUGUAUCCGCCUGAAGCCCGAUGACCCCACCAUCCCGCUGCUGGCCGUAAAGCUGUGCAUCGGACCUCUCCACUGGCUGGAUGAAGGAGAGUGCUUUGGAAAGAUGGUGAUUGACAUGGGAGAGAAAGCAGCUGAAUUCAGAGCCAAAGGCUUCUUGGCUAUAGGUUUGGUUUACAGCCUCAAAGCCACUGAUGCGUCAUUGCGAAGCACACAGGAGGAAUACCAGAGGAAAGCUUUGGGAGCCUUCCAGAGAGCUCAGAGUCUGUCUCCAACUGACCAUUUGGCAGCCUUCUACUUGGCGCUGCAGCUUGCCGUGUCCAGACAGAUCCCCGAGGCGCUAGGCUAUGUUCGACAGGCGCUGCAGCUUCAAGGAGAUGACGUCCACUCCCUUCACCUGCUGGCCCUGCUUCUCUCUGCCCAGAAACACUACCACGAUGCUCUCAAUAUCAUAGAGAUGGCUCUCUCUGAGUACCCUGAAAACUUCAAUCUGUUGUAUACCAAGGUGAAGCUGGAGGCUAUGUGUAGAGGACCCGAAGAAGCUCUGCUCACCUGUAAACACAUGCUGCAAAUCUGGAAGAGCUUUUACAACCUUACCAACCCCAGUGAUUCGGGGCGUGGCAGCAGUCUGCUGGAUAGAGCCAUAGCAGACAGGCGACAGCUCAACGCUAUGACCCUGCCUGACUUCAGUGACCCUGAGACUGCCUCAGGUUCUUCAUCUUCGCUCUCUGGUUUCGAACCAGUCUCCCCCACCUCCCCCUCCACCAUGUCCACCGUCUCCUCCCCGCUGUCUUCCCCUUCUUCCCCUGUCUUCAUCUUCCAGCCUCCCCAUACUCCUCUGCCUCCACUCCGAAAACCACCUUUCCGCUCUCCUCUUCCUUCCCUUCCCCCUGCCCUUCCUCCUCCUCCUCCUCCUCUUCCACCUCCACGCACAAAGACCAGGACUCACUCCUUCUGCAACCACGCCAUAGUCCGCCAGCUGUCCUCCAACUCUGAGGUGUACAUCGGCAUGUCAAAACCCGCUGAGGCCACGGCGUGCACGCAGGAAGCCGCCAACCUCUUCCCCACGUCCCACAACGUCCUCUACAUGAGGGGGCAGAUAGCCGAGCUGAGGGGCAACAUAGACGAAGCCAAGCGCUGGUACGAGGAGGCCCUGUCCAUCAACCCGACUCACGUCAAGACCAUGCAGAGACUGGGUCUGAUCCUGCACCAGCUGCAGCGUUUCAGUCUGUCGGAAAAGGUGCUGAGAGACGCCGUGCAGGUGAACAGCACGGCUCACGAUGUGUGGAACAGUCUUGGCGAGGUGUUGCAGGCUCAGGGAAACACCGCCGCCGCCACUGAGUGUUUUCUCACCGCCUUGGAGCUGGAAGCCAGCAGCCCCAUCCUGCCCUUCACCAUCAUUCCCAGAGCACUAUGAAAAAAACACACACACAGAGCAUGCCUGCAUGCCACUUCACAAACACACACACGCAAAGACCUGUGAAAAGGUGUACUGCCAAACCUUCACACACACAUAAACUCAGAGUGUAUAUAGAAAUGCAAAGAGUACAAAUAAACAGGCUUCCCUCUGACCACCCGUGCUUCCCACAAUGCCUUUCUUGUGGCCAUGUCCCACGUCUACGUGAGUGUGCGUGUCUCCUUCCCGCGCUGCGUGUUGUCUCCUUCGUCAUUAUUCUCAGAAGCCUGAAAGUUGUGUUUACAUGUUGUUUAGUCCAAAUACACACACAUACACUCUGAGCAAUUUUAACAUAAAUGGAUUAGAUUUCCGUUAAAAGCCAAAUAUGCAUUUACUUGGUACUGUUCACAUCGAUGCAGCAGAAAACAAUCUUUCAAAAGUGGAUGCAAGCGCCAAAACCUGUCCGUCCCGCCCCCUUCCUGUUUUUUUUGCUUUGUUUUCUUAUGAUGAUUUACUGAGUUCAGCAAGGUGAGAGAGCACCAUACAAUUUAGAGCCACCAGUGGACCCUGUUUUCAGUGGGUUCAUGUCUUCAUUUUUAAUCCCUCUCCAGAAUUGAAGCUGAAAUCUUGUUUUUCUACAGUCGACUUUGAGCAUCAUGGAAAUAUCGUAGUUUAACAUCUGCGACAGGAACGAGCACUGCUGCCCUGCAUCUUUUCUGCUUUCUGAUAAUUCAUCAGAUAAAACUGUGUGUAGUCUCUGUGUUCUGCCCUCACCUGGUUAGUCAGUGAUAAAUAUUGCUGUAUGUGUAUGCUUGUUUUUUUUUAACACUACAAAAACUCAAUCCCAUUUUAUAUGCACGCACAAACACUAUAGAUCAGCAGCAGAUCGAGCUGGAGGUCGAACCACUGAGGAGUAUUGCUGUAGCCCUGCACCCGUGUUAGCAUUGUUAAAAUUUUGAAGACAGGAACCCACUGUAGUAAAUUCAGACUUCUGAGUGGUCAAUGGUGUUUGACUCGACACUAAGAUCAUUUUCCAAAAGUAUCUGUGCCACUUUUUGGUGCUUGUAUCCACUCAGGAAAGAUGCUCGUGUAAUGUUAUCUGCAUCUGCAUGGAGGGGAAUCGUUGUUACUGUAUACCUGGCUCAGGAUCAGCCAGGUCUUUAAGGUAUCCAGCGGAGCAUCGACGGACUUUCGCUGAGAAAUAAAUCGGUGUAAAUGCCAAACCUCGGGUUGCAUUCGCCCUCGCGGGAAAUCUGAUUUCCUGCAGCUGAUCUUAAAGUGUUUUUGUGAAGUUUUUAAGUGAAAAAAUCAAAGUGCCACCUGGAGCAACUCAAACAGCAACAACGUAUAAUCUGCGGAAAACUGUUGGAAUUUGUGCCACAUCUUUCCUCCAGAAAUCAGAUUGCCUUGUUGAGCGCAAAUGCACCCGCAGUGAUUGUGUUGUCUUUGUGUUCCAUCACCAGAUUAAUAUUUUUAUUUUGGUUUUGAUUAUAAAUACAAAGAAUUAUUGCUGUAUAUUUCAUUGUUCCACUAGUGUAUUAUUAUUUUCGAGAGUAAAUUAUAACUAUUUUCUGGAGAAUGAUGUUGCUGAGAGAGAGCGAGGUAUGAAAGGACAUCCUCCUGAGCUCAGGCAGUGAGUCCUUUGUGCUGUAAAUGAAUGAUUAUGAAGACCAAGAUAAUAAAAGUGGAUAAAAAGAA